AUGAUUCCUUGUGCCCUCGAAACCGAGCAGCGCUGGCUGCAGAAAGACGUCGGCCGGCUGCGCGAGCUCCUCCGGCUCGACAACCUCGCCUGCGCCAAACACCACUGUGAGUUCACCAAGGCUCUCCAGAGCCGGCUCCGAGCCUUCGACCACGACGACAGCCUCAUCACCCGUUCAGAAUCGACUUCGACGCAAGACUAUGACCACUGCUCCGCCUACCAGCCGUGGACGGAAAGUACCCGACUCUACAUCAUCAAUCCCCGCAGGGCGCUCCUCGCCGCGACCCGCGACAUCUUCAAGGAGGCGCCGCCUCGCGACGGCGUCGACCAUGAUCUCGCCAUGCACGGCAUCACGUCCCUGGACCGGCUCGAGAAGCACCGUGUCGUCCUCGUCGACGCCGUCAAAGACGCAAUGGCACCGGCCGGUCACGCUGCAGAUGCAGCAUCAUCGCUGCCCGCGCUCCUCCGGGAGCUGGACAGCGCGGCCACGCUCCAUCACGGCCUUUUUCACAUGGGCUUUCGCGCCACUGUUUUAAUACAUGCCCUGGACCCGAGGCGCCCACGCCCCAUGGAACACAUAAUGGCCACGCUCAACGCCCUCUUCCCCCCCGCCAUCGCCGCCGAAGUCGCGACCUCCUCACCACUUCCUCCGUACUCGGACGGUCUUCGUGAAAACAUCCGCUUCUCCGUCUACGAGCACCUUAUGCGCGGCGAGGCAGACGACGCGGCUGCCUGGCGCGCCCUGCAGACCCGCCUCUUCACCUGGUGCGGCAUGCCCGGCUACGCCGACGCCCGCGACGCGCUGCUCCGGUACGCCGAGGAGUUCAAGAAGACGGAGCUGCUCUGCCUCUCCACCCUGCACGCCCUCGAGCGGCGCUGCGGCGUCCCGUCGUCGUCGUCGUCGCUGCCGUCCCCGGUCGAGAGUCUGUCGUUCCUGACGAGCUGCUCCGCCUCCUCCCGAUCCAGCGCCGCAGCCACAGCCGCUGUAUCCCCAAACCCUUCCUCCGUCUUCCUCAGCGACCGACCAGACACCAGCUCUUUGAUUCUCCGGGACUCUCUGGCCUCUUCAGGCCAGGCGAUGUCACUGUCGUCCUCGACGGCGGUGGCACAUCGCGCCGCCCCGCUGCUCCGUGGCAUGCCCGGGCGCGAAGUCUCGGUCGCCAAGACGGACGGCGCCGCUUUCGCCGGCGACGUCGACGCCCCGCCCGUCCUCGCGUACCCGGACGACCUAUCGCGGCGCGAGUUUGACCGGCACCCGCUCGCGCCGCACCUGGGCAUCUCCCCGCGCGAGCAGAUGCAGCUCGGCCUCGGGGAAGAGGAGGAGGAAGACUGUGAAGGUGGCGGAUAUUCUGUAGCUGGGACGCCGAGGCCGCCGGCUAGAGAAAAGAGCAAGAGGCGUAGGUUCGGCCGCAAGGGAUCGGACCCCCAGGCGCCGGCGCCGCCUCCGGUGCCACCGCUGCCGCCGAUCCCCGAGGCGCUCCGGCCGAACCUGACGGCGGGAAACUUUGGACGAAUCGUGCGUCGGAUGAGGUCAAAGUCCAGCCUUGCCGCCUCCGACCGAGACUCGACCACCAGGACGACCUCCGUGGCGUCCAUCUCCAGCGCCGGGGAGCCAGCAGCCAAAACGCCGCGCAAGCUCAAGAUGCCCUUUAUCAGACGGAGCGCAAGAGCGGCGACCAUCUCCAGCCCUGAGCUCCAGCCUGCCAGCCACGACUAUGCGUCGCCGUUCGACAGCGACUGGGCCGCCUUUGCUACGUCCCAGGGUCCGACGCCUGCUAGCAGCGCUCGGCAGAGCGUGGCGAGUCCCGGCGCGGCGACGAUGGCCACCGCCGCCGAAGAGCAGGAGGCUGUGCAAUGGAGGCUCGCACCGGCGCGCAUGUCUCCCAUGGAGUUUGCGCGAUCCCGACUCAUCCGCGCGGCACUGCAAAGACGCGGCAACAACGUCUCGUCGUCGUCGGGACUGACCAAGCGUUGGUUUUGGACGCCGCGCUGGGAAGCAUUCCUCGUGCUGCCCAGCAGGCACCUCCCGUCUCUAGACGCGAGUCCCGACCGGCCCAGAGAGAUGUCGGUCUUGAAGCUAACACCGGGUCCGGAGCAGAAUGCGGUGCUUGAGCACGAGAUCCCGCAGGGAGAGCCGGAUCGGAGGAGCUUCCUGUCCUGCCCGCGGCUGUCCCUGAACCUCGGCGGCAUCGCACUGCAGUUCCCCUCCAUGCUGAACCUGGUGGCCCUCGACGGCAUCCAUCCGUUCAGGUCACUUUCCGGCCCGGCGAAAUCGGCCUCGCCCCCUGGCGCAACCGACAAAAGUCGGGUGGCGAGACGAUCCGGCGUAUACGCGCAACAGACAGAGGUAGCGUCCGGACUCGACACCCUUCACCUUGGCUCACCGAACCAAAAAGCAAAACAAGACUAUCACUUUUCCUCCCCUGCCGUCCACUACAAUGAUCGGCGCCGGCUCCAGGAUGGCACCGAAAAUCCCUCCCAAGACACCGCCAGCUCAUCGAUAGCUCACCCUUAUCGACCCGCAACCUCGCAAGCGAGCUCCUCCCCAUCUGCCGGGUCCUCCUGGGACUUGGGCCGCCGCCGAUGGUGCAACACUACCAACAGCGGCGAUGGUGAUGGCCGGGGCGUGGCCGACAACAACGCCGCCGCCGCUCCGCGAAACUUCGGCCCCGCCGCAACCUCGCAUCCUGGCAUCUCGGCAGUCGCUGUGAGACGACGCCUGCGCCAGCACCUCGCUUACGACUUUGGCAGCGUGACCCCCGUCGCGGCGCGCAGGGUCGGCACGCUCGUCGCCGGCCGCUCCGUGGCGAGCCUGCACGCGGAGUCCGAGGACUUUGCGCUUCCCGACGCCGCCGAGGAGGAGCGCGUGCUGCGGCCGCCGCCGCUGCAGGUCCCGCGGCGCAGGCCCGGCGGCGGCGGACUGCGGGAGCGCGACACCACGAGGCGCAACCUGUUCCGCGGCGACGGCGAGGAUGACUGGCGCGGACUGCUGCGGCAUCUCGGCGACGGGGUGGCGGACGGCUCGCCGCCCCCGCCCCCGCUACCGGCCCCCUGGGCGCCGUUGCGUCUCGACGACCAGCCGACGACGCCGUCGAGGCACCGGAGGAGCUCCAUGCUAAGCCACCUGUCCAUGACCCCGACGGCGCUGCGACUGGUAGGCUCGCCGUGCGGGCAAGAUGACGAGGAGGAGGAAGGGGGUGUUCACUCGGGCUUCAGCGCUCGACAGCGAAAGGUCGCGUCUACAUAUCAGCCGUUGCCGGACUCGCCCACGCUGCCGGUCGUAGGGCCGCAGAAGAAGGACUACGGCAUGCUUACAUGCGUCGCCUGGCCACCAGCAAUGAAUAAAACCGCCUGCAUGAGAGAGUCGGUAGCAAGUGCCAACAAGUCACGCCGCUUCUUGCACGACGUCGAAGUCCGCGCAGCCGAGGGCGGUUAG